AUGGACAGGUCCGCACAGGAACUUUUCCUCAACUUCAUGGUCGUUGUCAUCACUGUGCUUCUCAUGUGGCUGCUGGUGAAAUCCUAUCAGGACUGA